UUUUUCUGUUUUUUUUUUUUCUUCUUUCUUUUUGCAUCUACUACAGCUCUACAAUCUACCCUUCACCAGUAUCCGUUGCGGCACAGAAAAAUCUCUGGUUACAAGCUCUAGGCAAUUCAUCAAAGAGAGUCUCCCAAGAAGUCAAAAUUAACCUCAGAGAAGAAAAUUGCGGUAUUUUUGAAGUGGUUUCCGGUUUCAAGCAGCUGGAGUAGGACAACAGAAAUAAGAUCAAAGCUUUUGCAGACAUUUUACUUUCGGGAUGCAGUUUGCAAGAGGCAUUCCAUGUCCCGAUGAGAACGGAAUCCAGAUACAGGGUAAUUGGAUUCCGGUCACACCAUCAAAACCUGAGACGGCAUCGGCGAGGUUUUAUGGGAAUGGUUUCUUCCAAGAAAAGGCACGCCAGAAUGACAUUCCCAGUAGCAUUGCAGCAGAGGUGGCUGCCACGGCCCAAUUCAAUUCUGCAGGUUUUGCUGAUCGCACACGAGAGAUAGGUAACUUGGAAGCAGCAUUGGCAGCACAGGCCCAAGUUUCUGGUCUCGAUUCCUACACAGAGGCUUUCCGAAAUACAACUGCCCGGUGGAACAAUAUGAUGCAUGGGGGCCUUUCCGCUUUCACAGGAAUGGCGUUCAUGGCAGCAACAGAUACGUGUAGCAGUGUGAACUCCUUCCCGCCAAUUUUACAUCCGCAGAAGAACAGCAGCAGCAACCAGCAAGAGCCCAACUUGAUGAACCCGAUGCGCACGAACCAAAAUCCUGUUCUUGGUGCGAACCUGCAGAGCAAUUCUCACUUUCUGACUGGUAUACCUCAAUAUGGAUUCUCCAUUCCUUACCGGACAACCUACAAUCUCAAUACAAACAAUACAGCCUACCAUCUCAACACCCCAGCAAAAACAAGAGCAGAUGCCAUCACAAAUGGAAGUAUAUCGUCCCAGCUAGCCCCCGAAACACCGAAUCAGGGAUGGAGGGAAACGAAUGGGCGAGCUGCUGAAUUCUCUGUAGUAGGCGAAAGAGUAGUAAAUGAGGAACAGAAGCAGGAGGGUAACCUCCAACCUGCAGUCAUGCCACCUUCAGGAAUGGUGCCUAUCGAAGUCUGUAGCGACCAAGCUAUCUCACAGCCUGUGGAAGAUUCCUAUCCCGCUGUCCUUUCCACCCCAGCGAAGGAAACCAACAAUCCCAGCAGGGGAGAUAACCACAUAGACCUGAACAAGACGCCACAUCAGAAGCGUCCCAAGAGGAAGAAGCACAUGCCCAAAGUCGUCGUGGAAGGCAAACCCAAAAGAACUCCAAAACCACCGACACCCCCAAAAGGCAAUCCGUUGCAAAAGAGGAAAUAUGUCCGGAAGAAUGGCCUGAAAGCAUCCAUGGCCACUUCUUCAGCAGAUGUAGGUGAGGUCCUCAGUUCAGCUAGAAUGCAUGAUGUAAAAUCAUGCAAACGGGCUUUGAAUUUCGACUCAGAAGGUCGGAGUGGGGAUGGGUGCUCUGGCAAUGCUCAGGUGUGUCAGGACAUGCAAAACAGCCGUUCUAAUAGUUCUGCUGGCGUUGCUUCAUGUGCAUGGGCUUUUGACCUUGAUCCAGAGUCUGAAGCCGGAGGUGGUUGCGCAGGCAUUAAAGGCAGCUCUGGGCCGAAAUCAACCAUGGAGCUUGCCCAAGGACUGGAAGUGGUAGUCGGGAAUUCACAGGUGGGAAUUCUGUUCGAUUUCAAUCGCUCCUUCACUCCAUUGCAAGGUGACCACAUUUCACAUCCUAAGAAUCCAAACCCUUCAACUCCACUUCUAAGGAAAGAACCACCGAGAGGACAUAUGAAGGGUGCUUGCAGAAACAUCAGUGACAGUGGUCAUAUUCCGAUGCAUGAAAAUGCCCAGGCAGAGGAAAGAGAUUGUCUGAUCAGAACAACAGAAGCUGCCGGUGACAACUAUGAGAGAAACACACAGCUCUUAUCACGGAAUGGCCUUCCAUCUGUAUCUAAAAUCCAACAUGAUUCGAGUGCCAGCCCGCAUGUAUGGCCAGCAGAAAGCCACCACCUGAGAAAAGUAUUGAAGAGAGAAUAUAUCCGCACCAUCGAUGAUGCUUACCUCAGCCCAAUGAAUCUGUGCGGGACCCAUUACACACAAUUCCCUGGCAUUUACAAGAAAAGGCGGACAGAUACAAGGCACAAUGAUGUCAUAUCAAAUGUGUCUUCCAUGAUGGCGCUGGAUGGUGGGAUCAGAGAAGCAAUGGCAAAGAGUGCGAAUGAAACUGGCAGCAACACUUUCAUGUUGUUAACUAGCGAUGGAAGGCCGUUCCCUCUGUGCAACAUCGUGGGUGGGACGAAGACACAGCUAGAAAUGAUGGGUAGCAUGAAAUCUCAUGUGUACUCUCAGUCUAUGGUUGGAGGACGAAGCGCACCGAGUACUUCUGGGGAAAUGAUUUCGUGUGUGGGUGCUCCAAAAGGAAUAAACUUCAAUGAACUGCAAGCUAUGAAGGCAAGAACAAAGGGGAAUGUCCCAGUCUGUGACUCGGCAUCCUUAUCUGCAGCAACGGAGCAUGAGCAACUGCCACCCGCUUCGGCCAAAGCAGCACCUACAUGCAACUAUAGACAGGAUGCCAACGUUUUCCAUGGUCCUCGAUCCUGCUCAGGAGCCCUGGUGGCAGAUAACAAUGCGGAAAUGACAACAAAGAAGUGUCAUCUUGCUAAUCCUGUUUUCCAUGGUACAAAUCAAAUGCAUCAGCAAGAACAUGAAACUGCAUAUGAUCAUCGUCAGUUCUUCGUAGACAUGAAUCCUAUUAGGUCAUCCCAACACUUUCAACCGAGAAGUUCGAAUAUCAGCUUCAUCCCCGACCAUCAAAGUAGCAGAGACAUUCAAUGGAUGCUGCAUUCAAACUUGCUAUCUGAAGCAAUGGUGCCAGUUCAGAGAAUGGAAUGCCCAGGCAUCAACAGCAGCAGUAAGCUCAUCACAGAUCAAGCACAGAAUGCACUAGUUCCUUAUGUCGGGGAUGGGAAGAUGGUUCCUUAUGAGGGUGGGCAGAUGGUUCCUUAUGAGGGCCCAUUUGAUCCUACCAAGGGACGUCGUACUCGGGCCAUAGUCGAUGUGGAUCACGAGACAGAGAGAUUAUGGAAUGUUCUGAUGGGCAAGGCAGAUGACGUUGGUACCGAUGCAAUGGAUGCAGAUAAAGAGAAAUGGUGGGAAGAAGAAAGGCGGGUUUUCCGGGGCCGAGCAGAUUCAUUUAUCGCUCGCAUGCAUCUCAUACAAGGCGAUAGGCGCUUCUCUCGGUGGAAAGGAUCUGUUGUGGACUCGGUGGUCGGUGUCUUUCUUACUCAGAAUGUCUCUGACCAUCUAUCAAGCUCUGCGUACAUGAACCUUGCUGCAAGAUUUCCUCCUCAGUCAAGAACCAAAAGUGGGCCACCCCAUGGAGAAGGUAUAAGCCCAUCUGCAGAAGAGCAAGGUGCAUGUAUGCUGGUCUCCGAUAAAUGGUCCGGCACUAUUUCAGGGCAAAAGGCUUGUGACCAAGGUUCCAUGACACUAAAUGAAGCUGACCCCUCAGAAGAAAAGGAAAUGACAAGCUGCAAUGAAUCAUUUGGAAGCAAUACGGGAGUCUGCACGGCAGUCUCUUCAAAAGAUGAGCAUUCAGCUGUCUGCCAGAAUGUGUCACAAAUGUGUCAAGAAUCAGCAAAAAACACCACAGACACACCACCCAUGGUCACAGAAAGUGCAUGGUUGGCAGAUAGCGAGGAUAGGAGAGGAUUGGAAGAUGUGGUUUCUUCUCAAACAUCUGUUAUUUCUUCUCAAAACUCCCCAGGAUCUAUAGUUCAAACGGCUGAUCAGAUUGAGUCCUUAGAUUCCAUCUCUGAAGCAGACAAUCUGAUACUCGGUUUCAAUAGUUCUAUGUCGUUCACAGAGCUUCUACAAAUGGAAGGAAGUACCUUGUUCCAGGAAUUUUACACUGGUAGGAAUGGGAGGAUAUCAUCAAAAGAGAAUUUUGAGGGUGCAACCAGCCAGUUUGAAGUUUCAGCAUGUGAGAAGAGAAUAUCGUACUUUGGAGUGGAUGGUCCGAUAGACUCAUGUCUAUCCAUUGACACAGCAGAUUCCCAUCAACCCCAAGCACCACAUAAUGUAAAAGAUGUGCUGAGUAUCCCAUCAAAUGGUCAUCAGCCACAUAGAAGCACAGAGUCAGGCUCCAUAGAACCGAUGUCCAUGGAGGUGUCAAGAGAAGGAAGCAGAUAUUAUUUGCCUUCGACUGCCUCUGAAAUUUCUGAAAUCACUGAGGUAAAAGAUAGCUGCCAUACAGGGAAAAGAAUCAGCCUUGCAGCAGGAAAUGAAAUUGAAAUUACGGUUCAUCAGAGGCUGUUAUCAACUGCUCAAACUGCUCAGAACAGUGAUCCAUUAUUACCCAUAAGAAAGCACCCAGUGCACCUACCACCAUGCUCAGCACCAGAAGCAUGUGUUGAAUGGCAUCCGUUCAUUCAUCCAAGAGACAGGACCAAUGCGUCAUCAGGAGAUGUCAGUUUAAGUAGAUACUCCCAUUUACAAUCUGAGCAAACACUCAGUUCCCUAAGAGGAAGAGAGGCAGAGACCCAAUAUGAAAGCACAGAGGUUGCAGAACAUCAAAACCAGAUUGAACCACCGUUUCACAGGCAGCACUCAAGAAUGCAGCAAAGCCAACUAGAUCCGCCCAGUUAUCUAGAAGAUAGUUUAGAUGUUGCAGAAAGCUCAAGUUUAGUAGAUAAGAAAACAACUGUGGAGAGGAAAAUAGUUCGAUCGGAUUCAAUUGAUGAAGCUUGUAGUUCGAAAAACAUGCCUAACGAAACAACAAAAAAUGCUCUGAAAAAAAGGAAAGAAAAAAGUGGGGUAGACAAAACAAAGGCUUUCGACUGGGAUAGUUUAAGAAAGCAAGCAGGUUAUGAAGGUCUGGUGAAAGAAAGACACAGCGAUGCAAUGGACUCGGUAGAUUGGGAAGCAGUUAGAUGUGCAGAUGUAAAAGCAGUCUCUGAAACCAUCAAGGAACGGGGAAUGAACAACAUGCUUUCAGAGCGAAUACAGGAAUUCCUUAACCGAGUGGUUAGCGAACAUGGAAGCAUUGACCUAGAAUGGUUAAGAGAUGUUCCACCCGACAAAGCAAAGGAUUACUUUUUAAGUAUACGGGGAUUAGGACUGAAAAGCACCGAGUGCGUUCGUCUUUUGACACUACACCAUGUUGCUUUCCCAGUUGACACAAAUGUUGGUCGUGUAUCUGUGAGAUUGGGAUGGGUGCCACUUCGACCCCUGCCUGAGUCUGUUCAAAUCCACCUCCUGGAACAGUACCCAGUGCUGGCGAGCGUUCAGAAGUACCUUUGGCCUCGGCUGUGUACACUAGAUCAGCGGACAUUGUAUGAGUUGCAUUAUCAAAUGAUUACUUUUGGAAAGGUUUUCUGUACAAAGAAGAAUCCUAAUUGCAAUGCAUGUCCAAUGAGAACAGAGUGCAAACACUUUGCAAGUGCAUUUGCAAGUGCAAGGCUUGCCCUGCCAGGUCCCGAGGAGAAAGGUUUAGUGAGUUUGGUUCCCAAGACUGCCGAACAAGACCAGAAAGUGGUUUUUCAUCCAAUGCCACUGCCUCGAAUAGAGGGUAAUCCACACUCACAAGGACUUGGAAGCAAACGGUGUGAACCUAUCAUUGAAGAACCCACUACACCAGAACCAGAAAAUAUAGAUAUCUCAGAAACUGCAAUUGAGGAUGCUUUCUGGCAGGAGGAUCCUGAAGAUAUUCCUACGAUCAAGCUAAACCUGGAGGAGUUCACACAGAAUGUACAGAAUUAUAUGCACGAGAACAAUAUGGAACUCCAAGAUGCCGAUUUUUCAAAGGCUUUAGUUGCUUUAUCUCCACAGGCUGCUUCUAUCCCUGUGCCCAAGCUGAAGAAUGUGGGGAGGCUGCGAACAGAGCACCAAGUUUAUGAACUUCCAGAUUCACACCCUCUUUUGGCAGAGCUGGACCGAAGAGAGCCUGAUGAUCCAUGUUCUUACCUACUGGCUAUAUGGACACCCGGCGAAACAGCAGAUUCCAUUCAACCUCCUGGUAUUUGCUGCAACUCUCAAGAAUCAGGUAGCCUAUGCGACAAGAAGGCAUGCUUUUCAUGCAACAGCAUACGAGAAGAAAAUUCCCAGACAGUCAGAGGCACACUUCUUAUACCAUGUCGGACUGCAAUGAGAGGGAGCUUUCCACUCAACGGAACUUACUUUCAAGUCAACGAGGUGUUUGCAGAUCAUGAUACCAGCAUUCAGCCAAUAGAUGUACCUAGGGCAUUGAUAUGGAAUCUGCCUCGACGUACGGUGUAUUUUGGCACCUCCAUACCAACAAUAUUUCAAGGUCUAACAACAGAAGGAAUUCAACAAUGCUUCUGGAGAGGAUUUGUUUGCGUGAGGGGAUUUGACCGUAAAACACGGGCACCUCGACCUCUAACAGCAAGACAGCACUUAGCAGCAAGCAAGUUAGUGAGGUUAAAGAGGACAGAAAAUUCAAAGUAGGCAAUGCUGAUGAAGAGAACCAGAACAAAGUCUGAAUCAGGAUCUGUCCAUUGAAAGAUCAGAGAGCUGAUCAGCAGAUUGAUGCAAACUUGUGGCCCUCUAACACUAGGCACAUUGCGGCAAGCCAGAUAGCUAGUUGGGUGAAUUUUGUAAGAUCCCAUAGAGCACAAGUGCUUGUAGUCGGCAGCCUGCAAAUGAACUAACAUUAUAUUUACUUUAUCUCAUGCUCAAAAUCGAGCCAUUCUUCGGAGAGCUAUACAGGUACAUACAUCCUCCAGUUUUUUAAGGUUUCCUUGAUAAACUAUAUCAAUUUCUCACACCAAGUACUUCCUUGAGUUCCAAUUCGAUUCAAAAUAAAUAAAUAAAUAAAAUCAAUCUGAUUCAAGCUUGUUAUGAA